GUCAUGGCGGCGAACCCAAACAGUAAUAGCAGCAUGAGCAGCACAUCUGGAGUAAGAUCGGAGGAUUUCUAUUGAAGAAGAAAGCGCUGGACUUUGAGAGUGGAGACUGAGCAAAAGACAUCACCAUGUCAGGAGGAAGCAAAGCCUUGGAGCUACAGAUGCAGAUGCGCCAGAACGCAGAGGAUGUCCAAAACUUCAUGAAGGAGCUUGACAGCUGGGAGGAUGAUAUGAAGAAAAAAGAUGAGCAGCUGCUCACUGGAAACCCACCAGAUCCUGAGGAAACUCUACCUCCUGUAAGAAACAAGGAUUACAAGAAGAAACGGAGGGUCCGAAGCAAGGCUGCUGCUAAGAAUGGCCAAGGGGAGCAGAAGCCAGUACAGAGAAUCAAAUCGUAUGAUUACAAAUCCUGGGACACGUUUGAUGUGGAGAAAGCUCUUGAUUCAGUGGAUAAAGAAGGCAGUGCUGCUGAAUCUAAUGAGUCAGACUCAGAGGAGAUACAAGUGGACAGAGACCUCGCUAUGAAAGAGAGGGAGCAAGGCAACCAGUUCUUCAAAGAUGGGAAGUAUGAUGAUGCCAUUGAAUGUUAUACCAGAGGUAUGAGCACUGACCCCUACAAUCCUGUUUUGCCCACAAACCGAGCCACCUGCUUCUUCAGACUGAAAAAGUAUGCUGUUGCUGAGUCUGACUGUAAUCUCGCCAUAGCACUGGACAGCAAAUACAUUAAAGCCCUUUCUCGAAGAGGAGCAGCUCGAUUUGCUUUACAAAAACACCAAGCUGCACUAGAAGAUUAUGACACUGUCCUGAAGUUGGAUCCGGAAAACCUAGAUGCCCAAAAUGAGAUUAAGAAAUUGAACCAGGUUUUAGUAUCCCAAGGUCAGAAAAAAGACAUGAUGGAGAAAAAUGUUACUGAAGUGCCGCUUACAGACGCUGAAAACCUGAAGCAUGUGGACGAGGAACAGCUGAGAAGACAAGAGGCAGUGAUUCAUAAAGACAGGGGCAAUGCUUAUUUUAAAGAGGGAAAGUACGAGGCAGCAGUGGAUUGCUACUCUAAAGGAAUGGUGGCUGAUGCUACAAACGCUCUGCUUGCUGCUAACAGGGCCAUGGCGUACCUCAAACUUGAAAGGUAUGUUGAGGCAGAGGAUGACUGCUCUAAGGCUAUAGCUCUGGACAGCACCUACUUGAAAGCUUUUGCCCGACGUGCCACAGCCAGAACAGCUUUAGGAAAGCUUUCUGAAGCCAGGGAAGAUUUUGAGCAGGUUUUGAAGCUUGAACCUGGAAACAAGCAAGCAAUUAACGAACUCAAAAAACUUAACAUGGAAAUUCCCACUGGAUUACAACAAGCAGACGGCACACAGCGAAGGACAGUUCAGCCAGUCAACAAACCAGAACAUCUAAGAUCUACUAAGCCGAUGAAAAGAAUAGAAAUAGAAGAAGUUGGUGGAACGAUUCCAUGUUUGACAGAAACUCAAAAGGCCCCAAUCAAUGCCAAGUCUAGUACAAUGGCUCUGUCAUCAGAGAAGGAAACAAAGGUUGAGGAGAGCUCUUCACUCUCAGAUGUCCCUUCUGCCAAGAUCCAGAAGAUAGAAGAGCUGUCAGAUUCUCCUUUCCAACCUCCAGUCAAAGGUCCUGUCAGAGAUUCUUCUGAAAAACAGAAUGUGUUACACAAAGAGGAAAAAGUUGCAGAGAACAUGGAGCAUCUUUCAUCUUCUGGUUCUGUUGAAGUGCAACCAGACAUUAUACCUCCAGUCCCCACCAACAGCUUUCAGCUAGAGGCAGAUCUGAGAAAGAUCGGCCAUCAGCCUGAACUCGGCUACAAGUAUUUAAAGCAAAUUCAGCCUGAAGCCUACCAAACUAUUUUCCAAAACUCUCUGGAACCUGACAUUCUUAACAAGAUAUUAAAAACACUUCAAUGCUUUUACAUCAAAAACGAGGAACCAUCAGUCAUUUUGGCCAUCCUGAAAAGCUUGUCAAGUGUGAGAAGAUUUGACAUGGCGGUGAUGUUUAUGUCAUCUGCUGAGAAACAAGUAUUGCAGGAACUGUUUGAAUGUAUUUCACAUGCUGGACUGGAGGAUGAUUCAGUACGUGCCCUAAAGAAGAAAUAUGGAGUAUAACCGUUGUGUUCAGACAGGGAAGAGGAGGAGAACUGGGCUCGUCUAGCGUCAGUGGCAACUUCUACAAAACAAAGCAUGGACUGAAAUCCGGACACGUUAAAAAAUGCAAAUGUAAACAUGUUUUUGUUCUGACUUCAAAGCUAAAUAUUCACAUUAAACUUGGGUUAACUAAA